GGAGAAAAAAACGGAAUGUCAGAGCAUAGAUUAGCUGCAGGCAUCCCAACAAGUCUGGACUGCAGAGCUGCAGCUUCAGUUAUUACUGGAGCGAGUAACAGCGCUUCGGAAAUAUCGCUCUGGAUAAGUCUGGAAACGGCACAGCUAGUGAAUGAGCGUGUUUUCAGAGCUGGAGCUUUUUCACAGGGAGCGGCGGUUUUCUGAGAGAAGGAGAGUUUAGAAAGUGAGAGCUGGGAGUUAUGAGUGAGGAGAGCUGAGCCCUGUUCCUGCUGCUGUCGCUGCAGUUUCUCUCUUCACCGGCUCUGAAGAUGUGGCACUGGACUGCGGUGUUUGCGGUUCUGCUGUCUUUGCCGAACACAACUACAGCUCAAGGCCAGUGUAAUAAUGUUGGAGAAGCAGAUAUUGUGUUUCUCGUGGACGGGUCAUCCAGUAUUGGACGUGCCAACUUUGUUUUGGUAAAGACUUUCAUGGCAGGGAUUGUCAAACCCUUUGCCAGGGGAGUGGGACCCUCCGGUGUCCGCUUUGGAGCUGUACAGUACAGUGACACUGCAAGAGUGGAGUUUACAUUCACCACAUAUCUGAAUGGCACAGAGCUGGUGAGUGCCAUAGAGAACCUCAACUAUAAAGGAGGAAACACCCGCACUGGAGCCGGUCUUAAGUACAUAGCAGAUAACUUCUUCAACCCUGCCACUAGCAGAGAUGUGCCUAAGAUUGCUAUUCUCAUCACAGACGGCAAAUCUCAGGAUAAUGUUCAGGACCCAGCUCAGAAACUGCGCAGCCUCGGAGUCACAAUACUUGCAGUGGGCAUAAAGAGUGCAGAUCAGAAUGAACUGAAUUUGAUUGCUUCACCUCCUCAAAAUGAAUACACCUCCUACAUUGGGAACUUCAGGGCUCUUAGUGCUCUGCUGCCCCUAGUGAAUCCACGUGUUUGUUCAGCAUCUGGAGGCUCCUAUUCAAGUGAUGAUUCUUUUAGCGGCCCAACUAACUUGCAGGUUUCAGAUGAGACCAGUAAUUCAAUCAGGUUUCGGUGGACAGCUGCAGAAGGCCCUGUUACCGGCUAUGUGGUUCAAUACACUCCACUUACUGUUCUGGGCCAGCCAGUUACAGCUGAACUGCGACAGGAAACACUGCCUGCCAGUCAACAGAUCUUUGUGGCACGGGAACUUCGCUCGGGCACAAACUACCUGGUUUCUGUUAUCCCCCAGUACCCAAACACUGUAGGAGAGGCGGUGUCUGCCAGUGCUCGAACCAGGUCUUUACCAGGUGUAACCACUCUGCGGUUGGUGGAGGCUGGGUUUUUCACUUUAGCCCUGGCAUGGGACGCUCCCACCGGCUCUAUACAGGGCUAUAGGAUCACAUACGGACCCACAGGUCAGCCUGCUUCUCUGCUGCGGGAGCAGACGGUCGGAGUGGAAGCCACUUCUUUCACACUGGAUGGUCUGGAAGCAGACACAGAAUACAUCAUCAGUCUGUACCCUCUCUUUCCUCGAAACAGCGCUACACCAGUAACUCUCACUGCUCGCACUUUGCGUUUAGAAGGAGUGCAGGAGCUCUCGGUUGCUACAGUCUCAAACAGCACUGUUGAUGUGCGCUGGAGAGGAGUGGGCGGGGCCAGAGGAUACAGGCUUGUGUGGGGACCAUUCAGAGGAAGUGAUGUCGAGACUGUAGAGGUGAGAGGUGACAGUGAGGCGUAUACUCUGGUGAAUCUGCUUCCAGAUACAGAGUACAUUGUGACAGUAAUUGCUCUGUACAACGGAGAAGCUGAGGGGGCUGCAGCAACUGCACGCUUUAAGAUAGAACGUUCAGAGCAGCAGGUUUUGAAAGGCACCACUACAGGACCCACCAGCAUCAGACUGACAUGGAACCUCAUACAAACAGCCAGGGGCUACCGGCUGGAGUGGUGGAAAGAUGGAGAGAGGAGCAGAACCCAAAAACAGACUUUCUCACAGAGCACCACAAGCUAUGAGAUAAGAGGUCUGCAGCCAAGUACUGAUUACAUCAUUACUCUGUACACACUCUACGAUGGACGAGAGGAGGCCACACACAUCUCAACUGAAUCAACAGUGGAACGAGUGGUUGGUAGAGUCUCCAAUCUGCGAGUGCUGGAGUCAUCAGGCAGCACUGUGCGGCUCGGGUGGACAGGAGUCGCUGGAGCAACGCAGUACAACAUCAUCAUCCUUAACACUGAAUCUGGAAUAGCAGUGAACAGGGUGGUUCCUGGAAACCAGACGACCCUUGACUUAACUGACCUUCAGGGCAGUGUGUCUUACUCUGUCAGUGUGACUGCCCUGGUGGGCUACAACGAGGGAGAACCAGUCACUGUCUACAUCAAAGCAGAUCAAGCUCCAAGCAAGGUGACUAACCUGCGUGUGGCAAAUACCAACAGUCGACGCAUCCGAAUUACAUGGACUGGAGUUACAGAGGCAACCGGUUACAGGGUUACUUGGAGACAAGGCAACAAUCCAGAACUGAAUCGUGUGCUAGGUGCAGAUGUCAGUGCUUUCACUAUAGAAGGGCUACAGCCUGAUGAAUCCAUUAUUGUGGGUGUGGCUGCUGUGAGUAACGGCCGGGUCGGAGAAGUGACCACUCUCUCUACCAGAACUAGCGGCUACUCAGCCACAGUCACAGGCCUGCGGAUUGUGGAUUUCAGCUCCUCACGCAUUCAGAUAUCCUGGUCACCUGUAGCCAGAGCAACAAGCUACAAAAUCACCUGGCGACGAAGUGAUGGAGUGGAGAACUCUCAGACUGUAUCUGCAGAUUCCAGGUCCUACACCAUUGAUGGUCUCCAGCAGGGAUCCUCCUACAGGAUAUCUGUCUCUGCACUGGCCGGUUCCCGGGAGGGACCUGCUGCCACUCUGAACGCCAGGACAGUCUCGGAGGAGGUGGUUGGACGUGUUACUGAUUUACAGCAAGAGCCGCGAGGGGAGGUGGUCAGAAUCAGCUGGGUUGGAGUUCAGGGAGCAACAGCAUACAGAGUUCUGUGGAAGAGAAGUGAUGGUGGGGAAGAGCAGGUCCAGUUGGUUGGUGGUAACGUGACAUCAGUGGAUCUAAAGCAGCUGGAUGAAGGAGCUCAGUAUGAUGUACAGGUUGUGGCUCUGGUCCAGAACAGAGAGGGGCCUCCAGUGACUGUCAGAGUCACCACAGCAUCAGAGCCAUCUGGGAAUCGGGUUGAGGGCAUGCGUGUCGUAGAGUCAUCCUCAGGAGCACUGCGUAUUGUUUGGAGAGCAAUAAGAGGAGUUGAUGGAUACAGAAUCUACUGGAGGUCUUCUCAAGGUGAAGCAGAAACAAGUCGUCUGAUUGAUCGAGACGCAACAUCAUUUAACCUGGAGGGACUUCGUCCUGGUUUGAGUUACACCAUACGAAUGGCUCCUGUAAUAAGAGGAAGGGAAGGUCAACUUGUCACCAUCACAGAAUAUACUGCUUCGCUUGAGGCCGUCACAGACCUCAGGGUGGAAGAUGUCACGCAGGACUCUGUGUUGCUGCUUUGGAAUCCAGCAGCAGGUGCCACAGAAUACACACUGCGCUGGCAAGAACGAAGAGACCCAGGUACUGUUCAGACGUUGACUCUUCCUGGUACGACUAGUUCAUUCCGAGUCACUGGUCUGAGACUGGGCCGCCGGUACCGCUUCACUCUGCAGCCAACCUUUUUCAACAACGUUGGUCCUGAGACUGCUGUGGAGGAGCGCACAGUGUGUGUGAAUGGACGUUUGGAUGUUGUGUUUCUUGUUCCUGCCUCUCGUGAUCGAUCUGCGCUGGAGGAACCACUGCUGGCACUGCUUGCAAGUGCUGCUGGAUUCCUCACAGCCAUCGGAGCUAGAGAAUCACAGGUGGGGGUGGUGGUUUACAGUGAUGAACCCAAAGUGCGCUUCCUCCUCAGUGGGCAUAGCAACAGCGAAACCCUUCUGCGAGAGAUUCUGUCCACCCCGUUUAUUGACAGACCAGGAAAUAAUAUAGGUCAGGCUAUGACGUUCACUCGGGAUUUUGUGCUGAGUCCGAGUUCGGGUCGGAGGCCUCAGGUGCCAGGUGUGGUCGUCAUUAUUGCAGAUGAAAAAUCAGCGGAUGAUCUUAGCCGACCCGCUGCUGUGGUUAAGGCUGCUGGUGUGACAGUGCUGGCUGUGGGGAUUGGGCGUGCAGAUUUGGAAGAGCUGCGUCGUGCUGUUACAGAUGGCAGCACUCAGAAUCGGUUGUAUGCUCGAGACGCAGCUGAUCUCUACAGACUGCAUCCGGAACUGGCAGACCUGCUCUGUGGCCUUGCAAGAGGGACAACUGGCACGGGUGGUACAGAGCAGUGCACUGUCCAGUGUCCACAGGGUGAGAAAGGGGAAUCUGGACAGAAGGGUGAAAGAGGCAGAGAUGGGGUUCCUGGAAGGAAAGGAGAGUCUGGCCGGGAUGGCAUACCUGGCCGUGAGGGCCCAAGAGGACCUGAGGGACCACCUGGUCCUCCAGGUACCAGUGAGGGACCAUCAGGGAGAGGUGACAAAGGGGAGCGGGGUUUUCCAGGUUUGGAUGGGAGUCCAGGAGUUCCUGGUCGUCCUGGUGCCCCUGGAGCUACAGGACCACCAGGCUCUCAGGGAUUACCUGGUGUCAGAGGAGACACCGGAGAAACUGGUAUUCCAGGAUCCACUGGGCCAAAAGGAGAGAAAGGGGACAAGGGUGAGCCGGGAUCUUCUCUUGGAGCAGGUUUACCAGGACGCAAAGGAGAACCUGGAAUACCUGGGAUACCUGGCAAUCCAGGUCGGCCUGGUUCAGACGGGGCAAAAGGAGCAGCGGGAACCUCGGGACUGCCAGGACAAGACGGGCGCCCUGGGACACCAGGCACACCUGGUUUAUCUAUCAAAGGGGAGAAAGGAAGUGCUGGAGAAAGAGGUCUUCCAGGAGUGGGGAGUGGUGUGGCAGCGAAGGGAGAUAAAGGGGAACGUGGAAGCGAAGGACCACCAGGAACUCAAGGCCUGAGAGGAGUGACUGGACAAAAAGGAGCAAAGGGAGAACCUGGAGAAGGCACAGAAGGCAGUCCAGGAACCCCAGGGAGACAAGGAGAGCCGGGUGAUCGGGGACCAAGAGGUCCUCCGGGUGAAUUAGGAAGCAAGGGAGAUCGUGGGCAGGCUGGACAGCCUGGAUCACAAGGUGACAAGGGUGAAAGAGGACCAUCUGGCCCAGGAGGGGAGAAGGGUGACACAGGUAAAACAGGCCCCCCUGGAGCUCCAGGACUUAGGGGUUUGCCAGGUACAAAUGGACUGCCAGGCGAGAAGGGAGCUGAGGGUGCUAAAGGGGAACCAGGCGGUGGUGGUUCAGGUGUGUCUGGAAGGAAAGGAGAACAGGGUCAGAAAGGUGACAGUGGUUCUGAAGGUCCUGCAGGUGAGAAAGGGGCACCUGGACAGAAAGGGGACAGGGGUCUGCCUGGAGUAGGAACACUUGGACAGCCUGGGCCUAAAGGAGAGCAGGGUGAUCGGGGUAUUUCAGGUGUAGCUGGGAGACCUGGCCCAAAGGGAAGCCAGGGUGAAGCAGGAGAGCGAGGAGAGCCGGGAAGUUCUGGACCUCCAGGACCAAUUGGACCCAGAGGGAAAGAUGGCCUGAAAGGUGACAAAGGAGAAGAUGGUCUUCCAGGCGAGCCUGGAUUGCCUGGGAAAGCAGGAGAAAGGGGUCUGAGGGGUAUUUCAGGACAACCAGGUCAGCCAGGGGCAAAAGGAGACAUGGGUGAUCCUGGAGAGCAUGGGCGAGAUGGAGCUGCAGGGCCUGCAGGACCACGAGGGCUGAAGGGAGAUCAGGGUAUUCAAGGUCCCCCUGGACCCCCUGGAGAUAUGGCAGACGGGCAAACUGUACUGAAAGGGGACAGAGGAGAAAAGGGAGAGGCUGGUGACCCUGGCGAACAUGGUGGUAAAGGUCAACAAGGUGAUGCAGGACCUGCAGGCCCUGCAGGAGCACGGGGGCCUGAGGGUCAGCGUGGACUACCAGGAGCCAGAGGUGAUCCAGGGGAAAGAGGCAGCCCUGGAGAAAAGGGAGAGAGAGGAGCUGCCGGAUUGGACGGACGCCCUGGUCAGGAUGGAAAACCUGGAGCACCUGGACCUCUUGGUUUAAGGGGUGACCCAGGUAAACCCGGAGAACCUGGCAGAGAUGGCCUUUCAGGACUUAUGGGACCUCAGGGGCCUCCAGGGGCUGUAGGUCCUCCAGGAACUGCUGGAAUACCGGGUAAACCAGGGGAAGAUGGAAAACCUGGACUUCAAGGAAAAGUUGGUGAAGAUGGUGUUCCUGGGGAAGAUGGCAGAAAGGGUGACAAAGGAGAUGCAGGACCCUCUGGAAGAAAUGGUCAAGAUGGGCUGAAAGGUGAUCGAGGCAUUGCAGGACCCUCUGGACCUGCAGGACCACCUGGACCACCAGGGGUCCCUGGCAAUAUAGGACCCCCAGGACAGGUGGUCUAUGUUAAAGGAGCUGAUAUACCACCUAUUCCAGGACCUCAGGGUCCUCCAGGAGCUCCAGGAAUUCCUGGGGUUCCAGGAGCUGCCGGAGCUCGGGGAGACAGAGGGCCAGCCGGUAUUAAAGGAGAGCAGGGAGAUCCGGGUGAGGACGGAUCACCUGGCAAGCCAGGAACUCCAGUGGAUGUGAAGAGGGCACUGUCAGACUUUGGCAUUGAGGUCAGGGAUUUAAAGUUGGUGCUGGACAAAAAGGAUGUCUUGCUGAAUGCUGGAAUAGAGAAGCCAGAUAAAGGACAAAAAGGAGAUAAAGGAGAUGCAGGAUCCCCAGGCCCUUCUGGCGGUGACGGUGCUCGAGGAUUCCCAGGUGAGCGAGGUUUAAAAGGUGAUCAGGGUGAGAAAGGGCCUCCCGGCCCUCAGGGCCCCACAGGCAGGGCUAUUGGAGAAAGAGGCCCAGAGGGUCCUCCAGGACAGGCAGGAGAGCCAGGAAAACCUGGUAUACCAGGAGUACCAGGACGAGCUGGAGAACUGGGUGAGGCUGGCAGACCUGGAGAAAAGGGAGAAAGAGGGGAGAAAGGAGAGAGAGGAGAGUCGGGUAAACCUGGAAUAACUGGUGCAACAGGACUUCCAGGCCCCAAGGGUGAUUCAGUAACUGAACUUCCUGGUAUGCCUGGUCCACGGGGCUUGCCGGGCCCUCAAGGAAUUAGAGGAGAGGCUGGUGCACAAGGUCCUCCUGGACCUAAAGGAGAGCGGGGUGUUGCAGGUUUUCGGGGAGAGAAGGGAGACAGAGGAGAAGUUGGGGAAAAGGGAAGAGAUGGCCUCCCUGGCCUGGCAGGAGAACCUGGAAAAACUGGACAGGACGGGAAGCCGGGUUUGAAGGGGCCAGCCGGUCCACCAGGCCCACCUGGAAAUUCUGGAGAACCUGGAAUACGAGGACCAACUGGGCCAAUGGGUCCGAAUGGCCCUCCAGGACCACCUGGUGUGAAGGGUGACAAUGGCGAGCCGGGUGUGGGAGUUCAGGGUCCUCCAGGACCACAAGGCAACAGAGGACUGCCUGGAAUUACAGGCACACCAGGAGCUAUUGGUCCACAAGGACCUCCAGGUCUCCCAGGACAAGUGGGAGAAGGGGGAAAGCCUGGAGUUCCUGGUAGAGAUGGGGUCCCUGGAAAAGAUGGAACACCUGGAUUACCUGGAAAACAGGGUAUUGCUGGACCAAGUGGGUCUCCAGGGCUGAAAGGUGAGCAAGGAGACAGUGGUCCACCAGGAAAGGCAGUCGCCGGACCCCCUGGGGUGAAGGGUGAGAGGGGUCCUCCUGGUGAAACUCUGCCAGGGGUAGCAGGAGAGAGAGGCCCAGCUGGACCACAGGGUGUUAAAGGAGACAAGGGACCGGCUGGCAUCAAAGGAGACAGAGGUACAACAGGUGAUCCUGGGGAGUCUGGUGAAAAAGGAGAGAGAGGAUCACCAGGGGCUAAAGGAACAAAAGGUGAAGCAGGUGUAGGAAUGGUUGGCCCACCAGGACAGUCGGGACCUCCAGGCUUAAAGGGUGAUCCGGGUUUACCAGGCCCUUCUGGACCCCCUGGGCCUCUGGGUAUAUCAGGAACUCCAGGACUACCAGGUCAAAGGGGGGAAGGAGGCCAACCAGGGACCCCAGGACCUCCAGGAGAGAGGGGUCUGCCUGGCUUCAUUGGUAAAGCAGGAAACCCAGGAACACCUGGUGCUCCUGGACCUCCUGGACCACCCGGUACUGCAGGUCUGCCAGGGCUUAAGGGUGAAAAGGGUGAAGUGACUGUUGGAGUACCUGGCCAGAGAGGAGAGAGAGGAGAUCCAGGACCUCGGGGAGAAGAAGGGCGGCCUGGACAAGAUGGGGAGAGAGGCUCUCCGGGUUUUCCAGGUAGCAAAGGGGGCAGAGGGGACAAGGGUGAGGCGGGUCCUCCAGGAGGCAAAGGAGAGAAGGGUGAAACUCUGCUGGUGGGUGGGCCGGCCGGGGAGAAGGGAAAUAAAGGCGAAACGGGAGAGCGUGGGCCCAAAGGAAUGCAAGGGGAAAAGGGCAGUAAAGGACAGGAGGGACCACCAGGGGUGCAGGGUCUGAGAGGAGAGCCUGGGGAGCGAGGCUCUACUGGGUUCCAAGGUGCUCGUGGUCCAGGAGGACAGAAGGGUGAGGGAGGACAGCCAGGAGUUCCAGGAGAAGCUGGAACUGCUGGAAAAGAUGGCCUUCCUGGUUUGAGAGGAGAGAAGGGGGAGAUUGGUCUUAUGGGUAUGCGUGGGAUUAAGGGAGAACGAGGGUCCAAAGGGGCGUGUGGAGCAAAUGGACAAAAAGGAGAAAGGGGGGAUCCUGGAAUUAAUGGCAGACCAGGUUUGCCUGGAAGGAAAGGAGAGUCGGGUGAUGUGGGACCUCCAGGAGCCACAGGAACCCCAGGAAAAGAAGGAAUUGUUGGACCCAAAGGUGACAGGGGCUUUGAUGGUGUGAUGGGACCAAAGGGAACACAAGGAGACAAAGGUGAACGGGGACCCCCUGGCAUCCCUGGCCCCCCAGGUCCCCGAGGUGCAGACGGUCCCUCUGGUCUUACAGGCCCUCAGGGGCCAGCUGGAACUAAAGGCCCAGAGGGACUGCAGGGACAGAAGGGUGAACGUGGUCCUCCAGGUCCAGCGAUGGUUGGCCCUCGAGGUAUUCCAGGAAUUCCUGGAGAACGAGGAGAACAGGGUGAAGUAGGUCUUGAUGGAUCUAAAGGAGAGAGAGGAGAGCCAGGCUUGACGGAGGAUGAGAUCCGUGCUUAUGUUCGGUCAGAGAUGAACCAGCACUGUGCCUGUGGAGGUAAGACCCCACACUGACACUCCUGCAAAUAACACUGAAAUUGACCUUAGUCAUUAAUACACUGAUACCCUGUGUUGACUGCAAUCUGUUUUAAAGGUGCAAUAGAACAAAUCUGACCUUAAUAAGGUGAAGUACAAUAACAUUAUUGAUUCUGCCUCAAAAUCCAUUCCCUGCAAAACUUUGUAACUUUGUAGUUAGUUGAAGGAGAACUCUGGUGUAAGAUUGACUUUAGGUGUAGUAAAACAUGAUAAAAAGUGCUUACCUUUGUUAAAUAGCCCACCUCCAUGCUCCCACACAGUAAUUUUGUUCUUUUUGCCCAGCACAACGGCCGCUUCGGGCACAUUUUGCCCCGAUAAAUCGCUUUUUACACCAUUAUCUCCACACCUCCUUGAUAGAAUCUGGAGGGCUCUGACAUUUAAAACAAGGCAUAAAUACCUUUAAAAGUGCACAAGAAGCCUAUUAAAAACACUGUUUACCUCCCCAUGCCGCUAGCUUUCAGCUCUGAGUGCCGCCAUCACUCUACUGAUCAUGGCCAUAGACAUAUAUACAUAGACUUCGCCUAGCCAGCCUCCUGGUGUAGCAGCCAGCACCCAGUGCAUUUAUUUACACUGCGAAAGAUGUUUAAUACAAAUAUAACAAUCACAAACAACAAUUUUUUACCCGAUUUUCACAGGGUUUGGUUUGUUACAAACAGCAGAGAUGUAGUUAUAAUUCAUAUAUAUAUAUAUAUAUAUAUAUAUAUAUAUAUAUAUAUAUAGAAUUGUCAGAGAGUCCAGAUGUUUCCUGGCAGAUACUCUGCAUGAUACAAUUAAGCAAUUAACAUUUUACUGUCCACUGUUGUAUGCCUAAAAUGCCAAGCAAACCAUCUGAUUUUGAAUCUAGAUGACAAAAUGAAAAGAUGUAAAUGACUAUGAAAGAGGAUUCAUUAUAGAGGCAGUUGGAUGGCAAGAGUUUUGGUCACAGUUUCAGCUGGAACAAUGACUAAAGAAGCUGCUGCAUUCAGAUAUAUGGAAAAGACGUCCGUACAUAGGGUUGGAAAGUGCGAUGGAAAGUGCACUUUCAGAGAGAGUAAUGCUUGUGCAUUAGUGCCAUAUGUAUGGAAAAACAGAAGAGCAGCUGCUCUGUGCACUCUGUGUGAGCAAGAACAUAUAACAAUACGUACAGGGCUGUUACAGUAGAGCUGCAGUGCAUAAACCCCUCAUUACAAAGACAAAUGCUCACAGGUACUGGCCUACAGUCUCUAAUACAGUCAGAAGAGUCAUCCAUCACCAUAUUCUAUACAAAUAGAAGGGAAUGCAUGUGCUGCAUGCACCAAGAAAAUGGAACUAGCAUGAAUGUUUGAUCCCCAGUGAUAGUAAUGGCUCAUUUAUGCUUAACAAAUAUGGAUACAGAUACAAACAGAGGCUUCUUUCCAAACUCAGCUAUUUUAAUGCACAUACUCACAGAAGCAGCACCACUGGAAAUGGUAGGAGCAGUGUAUUUAAUAAACAGCUCUUGUGAAUCACAACCACCACCAUAUGGAUACCAUAAAGUAGAAACUCUGGAUUAAGUUUGCGCCACCUCUUAAAACGCUGCUCUUUUGUCUUUUUUGGUAAAAGGUCUAGUGUUUAAUUAGUAUUUUAAUCAUCCAGCAACUACUUAUUCUAAGACACUGCAGUCUGACCACCUAGUUUAUGUAUGUAGUGAUAAACACUUUGAACUGAUAUUUAGGGAUGAACCAAUACUAUUUUUCCGUUUUGAUACCGAUGCAGCUGAAAUUGAGAACCAGUACUCUGACCUAACUAGGUUUCUGUAACUCCUAAUAUUCACAGCUUUCUCCUAAUAUUCACAGAGAUUUCGUUUUGAUAAAGGCAGCAUUCUGUAUCCCAAAUAAGGUAUGAUUAGCUUGAAAAAGCAGCAUUUACUGGUUGAGUAGUAAGUUCGGGCUGUGAACAAUGUCCAUUACUGACACCUUGAGGAAGAUAAAGGGUGCUCUAACCAAACUAAAUAUUGGAUUUGGCUUAAAAUAGCUGAUACCCAAUCCAUGAAAAUAUGCCUGGAUCAAUAAGAAACUGUUCUGGCAGCUUGUGGUUGUUGAACACCUAACUUAAGAGAGUUGGUGUUGAUUUUUCCAUUAAUUUGUCAUAUACAGGAUAAUCAAUUGCACCUUUAUAACAUUUUGUUUUCAGCGUUAACUGACUUAAGAACUGCUAGUUAAAAUUUAAUUUAGUAAAUACUCUUACCUCACUGCACUGCAUAUGUGUGGAUAAUGUUGGUUUAUCUAAUGUGUGGUGUUUGCAUUAGACAGUUUAUUUGGUUAGAAUGUUGGGUUCUAAUGCAUGGUCUACUGAAUGUGGAGUGUGAAAGUGCAUGUCGCCAGGGUGUGACGUGUCAGUAAGUGUGUGUGUGUUCACUGAUGGGUUUAGCUGCCCGUGUUUGUGUGAUUUUCUUGUGGGCGUGUUGUCAGGUGUUGGAGAAAUUCAGCCACGUUCGCCGCUGCAGACUUUCCGAAGUCACUCCUCCAUGUCCCCCGAGCUCUCAGUAGGCCGAGGGGAUGAGGAGGGUCGUGAAUUGCGUGUUGUGGUGAAUACAAACGAUCCAGACUAUGAGCAUAUUUACUCUAUUGAAAGCUAUGAUGACCCCAUGGAAGAAAUUGUUGAUCUUACCCCCCCAGUCAACCAGAGCCAAGGCAAGACAACCAAGGUUGUUGCAUUAAAUGCAGUGAAACAGAAAAGAGAGGUUAAAGGUGAAGAUCCGUGUGCACUGCCACUGGAUGAGGGUGACUGUUCCAGAUAUACGCUGCACUGGUACUUUAAUUCUCAGGUGGGCGCCUGUAGACCCUUUGUCUACAGUGGCUGUGGAGGAAAUGCCAACCGCUACACACAGAAAGAGGAGUGUGAAAAACACUGCCUAUGACAGAGAGCGUCUGUACCUUCAAAAAGUGGACAAUAAUUAUGGGAUUUCAGACUCCAAAACCAGUGCAAAAUCCGUGUUCAAUGUUUUAAUCAUAUUCAUCUGAUGCUUCUGGGCUUCAUAAAUCUGCGACUGGACUUCAUCAUAUUUAUUUUUUUGUAUCAUGCUGUUAUAUAAUUUCAAUCCAUCAUGCUUCACAUUUCAGGCAUAUUAGAUUGUAUUUAGGCACAGAAUUUAAAUAUACAGAUUUUAUUAAGCCAUACAUUUUAUGCAGGAAAUUAUCAGACCUGUGGUAACUGGUAAUGGGUGUUCUUAAUAUAUGUAAUAAAUGUUCUCAACUUU